CGCCCAGCCAACCGCCCGCGCCGCAGCAGUCCUCCGAGUCUGGCUUGGAUUGCUCAGCCCGGUGGUGGAGCUGCGUCCAGCGCGGGGUGUUCUGGUCAUGCGAGACGCAGACAGGAGCCUGCCCCAGACAAGAUGAAAGUCUUCCUGCCGCUGCUGCUGGUGGUCCUUCUGGGGGCAGAGCAAGCCGACUCCCUCAUGUGCUUCUCUUGCGUGAACCAGAAAAGCAACUUCUACUGCCUGAAGCCCACCGUCUGCUCGGACUCUGACAACUACUGCGUGACUAUCUCUGCCGCCGCGGGCAUCGGGAACAUGGUGGACUUUGGCCACAGCCUGAACAAGGGCUGCUCCCCGGUCUGCCCAGCACCCCCCAACGUCAACCUCGGGGUGGCAUCCAUGGGCACCUACUGCUGCCAGAGUUCCCUGUGCAACAUCAGCGCGGCCGACGGCGGUCUGCGGGCCAGCGCCGCCGUGCUCGGCGCUGGGCUCCUGCUCAGCCUGCUGGCGGCCCUCCUGCGGCUCGGACCCUGACUGAGGAUCCCUGUGCUGGCCGACCCCCACAGCUCAGGAAGGAAAGCCCAGCUGCACCCAGCCCCGCUGCCCUCAUCCCUGCCUGACCCUGCCCCCACGGCCUCAGUUCCCACCGCCGGGCCUGUUCCCUGCACCUGCCUCCGUCCCCAGAGGGGCCGGCUCCCCAGAGUCAGAGUGGGUGAUGUGACCCUCCUCAGAUGAGGGUCCCCUGGUGCCUACAGCUCCAGGAGUCAGAACCGAUCUUGCGGAACCCACUUUGAGGCACACCUAAGCCCCAGGGCCUGUCCCACUCUGGGCCCUGUGCGACCCCAGACAGCGGCAUGGAAGAUGUGUUUCGUGGCACUGUGUCUCUGAAGGGGGCGCAUGCUGUGAUUGCAGGUCCACCCGUCCGUGUGGAAGGCACGUCUGUGUGGUCUUGCUGGCCACGCUGAGGGAGGGGCAGGAGUAAGCGGCCGGAGAGCCCCAAGCUCCAGCACCAGGGGCGUCUCCGCACCCCACACCCACUCACUUCCACAGCAGCCUCCAGGUCCAGGCUGCUGGGCCCAGGACUCAGCUCCCACCCCAAAUCCAGCUGUGGCCCCAUCUGACCCCCCACCCUUUACCCCCACACCAGGGCCCUCCUACUGCUUUGUGCCUCAAAUAAACAGCUGUUCCCUCCC